AUGCAUGCCAUCCGCCCCUCCUCGAUUGGGCAUCUCCUGCGCCGUACUCGUCGUCCGCACGCACCUCUCGUCACCUCACCAUGGCGAGCCACGUCUCUGACGGGUAGUCUGCCGCUGCCGCCGCUGUCGCGCCUCGGCGUCACCACCCAGAAGAGGCAAUUGCAUGAUGCGUUCCUCUUGCCCCCUCUGUACUUCACCGGUCUUCUGCUCGCCUUAUGGACGUGGAAGUGUUUUAUGAUGGUUGUCUUCCAGAAUAAGAUCAUUUACAUGCCAGGACUGCCGCCCACUGCGCGCCGCGAGCGGAUCGAGGACUACGACAAACAGUGCUGGGGCGUGCGCUGGGAGGAGAAAAGGGUCCAGGCCGUCGAUGGGACGGAUCUGGCACUAUGCGUGGCCUCGGUGACAUCCACUGGCGACGAGAAGACCACGUCGCCCACGGAGCCCCUCGCCGUGCCGUCCAUCUACGUCCUCUACUUUCAGGGAAACGCAUCGUCCAUUCCCCCACGACUGCCGGACCUAUCAUGGGUCCUGCGGACGCUGCAGCGCAGCAAGCGGCCCGCUCGAUAUACAAUGGUGUGCCUGAGCUACCGCGGUUACUGGAGGUCGAGAGGCCGCCCCUCUGAGAAGGGCAUCAACCUGGAUGCGCAAGCGGCUCUGCGAUGGAUUGGGCAGAUGCACGAGGAUAACGUCGGGCACAGGCAGCAGCCACUAGAGCUGGUGAUCUGGGGUCAGAGCAUCGGCUCCGGGGUAGCCACGAACCUCGCAGCGUGGGAAGGGUUCCCGCCCACGUUGCGGCUAAGGUCGUUGAUCCUGGAGACACCGUUCACAUCCGUACGGGACAUGUUGGGUGAGCUGUACCCCCAGAAAUGGGUGCCGUAUCGUCACCUGUGGCCGUUCUUGCGCAACCAUCUGGAUAGCUUGACCAACAUCGCGGGGAUUGCCAAGAAUCAUCAGGUCAGUUCGGGCCAGGACAAGCCUCAUGUCACUAUAGUGGAAGCUGGGAGGGAUGAGCUAGUGCCGGCGGACCACGGCGCGAGGCUGGUCCGGCGCUGCGAGGAGUUCGGGCUACCGGUCGAGAAAAAGACGGUUCGUGGUGCUUUCCACAACGAUGCCGUCAUCAGACUGGAGGGUCGUCAAGCAGUCGCCGACGCCAUUGAGCAGGUCGCGGCUAAAAUCUAA